ACAGCCUGGUAUUAUUCCAGAAUCACACCCAAGCUUACCCAUGUCAAGUUUACCUGUUUCAAGCUUUUUGUGGCUGAGGUGACAGCUUGGUAUUAUUCCAGAAUCACACCCAAGCUUACCCAUGUCAAGUUUACCUGUUUCAAGCUUUUUGUGGCUGAGGUGACAGCUUGGUAAUAUUCCAGAAUCACACCCAAGCUUACCCAUGUCAAGUUUACCUGUUUCCGUUCACCGGUGAUGAGGUUUCAGGCCCCGGUCCGCCGCUGCAGCAGCGCUCCACAGGGCCGCCAACAUUACAACAACUGUGGUGAGAGAAGUCCUUCGUCAGCACACUGUCAGCAUACUGUCAGCAUAUUAUCAGCAGACUGUCACCACGUCAUCAGCACACUGUCACCCUGUCAUCAGCACACUGUCAGCCCAUCAUCAGCACUGUCAGCACAUCGUCAGAACAUCAGCACACUGUCAGCCCAUCAUCAGCACACCAUAACCACAGUCAGCACACCAUCAGCACACUGUCAGCAAGUCUUCACCCCCGUAACAGUCUGCCUGCCACCCCUGGUGCUGGUGCAGCAGCGAGGGUCUGAGGCGGGUGCCGUGCUGCGUCCUCACUGCUGCUGGCUUCUGUUGCAGUGGAGGCUGCAGGGCCGGGCAGCAGCCUGAGGGGCCAGGACCAGCAGGAGCAGCCUGCCACUGCUGUGAGGAUCAGUGCCAGACCAUGCACUACAGUACAGUGCAAUUCCUUCAUCAUAUUUGUGCCAAAGAAAAAAUUCAGUGCCAUAACUUUGAACAGCACCUUGCAUGCUCUGAUCAGGGGUGCUCAGUAGAACCACCACCACCACCACUUUGCAACUAGCAUCUCCAGUCAUAAAGGAAAGGUCGAGUUUGAGUGAGAGAAGAUUUGAGACCGAGAGCAAGUUCACCAGACACAUCCUUGCACACACUGCUGAAGGGAAGCAUGAGUGCCAAGAGUGUGGGAAAAGACUCCCUGGGAAGGGUGACCUCAAGAAACACACCCACAUACUCUGGUAGAAGACCUCAUGAAUGCCAGGAGUGUGACAAGGUGUUCAGUCACAAGAGUAGCCUCUACAGACAUACACUUACACACACUGGUGAAAGACCUCAUGAAUGCCAAGUAUGUGGCAAAGUGUUCAGUAGGAAGAGUUACCUCAAUGCACACACUCUUACACACACUGGUGAAAGACCUCAUAAAUGCCAAGAGUGUGGCAAACUGUUCAGUAGGAAGAGUGACCGUAACAGACACACCCUUACACACACUGGUGAAAGACCUCAUGAAUGCCAAGAGUGUGGUAAAGUGUUCAGUAGGAAGAGUGACCUUAACAUACACACCCUUACACACACUGGUGAAAGACCUCAUGAAUGCCAAGAGUGUGGCAAAGUGUUCAGUAGGAAGAGUGACCUCAGCAAGCAUACCCUUACACACACUGGUGAAAGACCUCAUGAAUGUGAAGACUGUGGCAAAGUGUUCAGUAGGAAGAGUGACCUUAACAAGCACACCCUUACACACACUGGUGAAAGACCUCAUGAAUGCCAAGAGUGUGGCAAAGUGUUCAGUAGGAAGAGUAGCCUUAACACACACACCCUUACACACACUGGCAAAAGACCUCAUGAAUGCCAAGAGUGUAGCAAAGUGUUCAGUAGGAAGAGUGACCUUAACAGACACACCCUUACACACACUGGUGAAAGACCUCAUGAAUGCCAAGAGUGUGGCAAAGUGUUCACAUACAAGAGUCACCUUAACACACACACACUUACACACACUGGUGAAAGACCUCAUGAAUGCCUAGUGUGUGGCAAAGUGUUCAGUAGGAAGAGUAACCUUAACACACACACCCUUACACACACUGGUGAAAGACCUCAUGAAUGCCAAGAGUGUGGCAAAGUGUUCAGUAAAAAGAGUGACCUUAACACACACACCCUUACACACACUGGUGAAAGACCUCAUGAAUGCCAAGAGUGUGGCAAAGUGUUCAAUAAGAAGAGUCACCUUAACACACACACACUUACACACACUUGUGAAAGACCUCAUGAAUGCCAAGAGUGUGGAAAAGCGUUCAGACACAAGAGUAACCUUAAACAACACACCCUUACACACACUGGUGAAAAACCUCAUGAAUGCCCUGAGUGUGACAGAAGGUUCAGUGUGAAGAGUGAACUAAAUAGACACAUAUUUACACACACUGGUGAAAGACCUCAUGAAUGCCUUGAGUGUGACAGAAGGUUCUUUUGUAAAUCUGCUUUGAACAACCACGUUGUCACACACUCUGAUCUGAGAGAGUUCAAGUGUGAUGUUUGUCUAAAACAUUUCAAGACCAAGCGGAGUAUUGCCAGGCACAUGAAGAUCCACUUCCCCUGAGGUGUUGUGUGGUGCUGCUGUAUGUGGUGGUGGUGGAGGACAGUGUUUGGCAACCCCGCCCUGCCUGAAGAACAAGAAGAAAGAGAAGACAAAGAGAGCAAGACAGACAUGGAGGAACAACAAGAACAGAAAAGAAAGAAAGCAAUGAAAGACUAGUGAAAGAAAGAAGAGAAAGAUGGACAAGAAAAUAUUACGAAAAAGCACGAACAGAAAGAAAAGGAAUGGAGGAAAGGAAGAAAUGAUGAAAGAAGAGGAAGAGAAUAGAAGGAAGCCUGGAAGAAAAGGAGGAAGAGGAGCAGCAUCAGGACGGGGAUAGUUAGAAAAGGGUCAUCAGCAUCUUCUUGGCUUAUGGUCCAUCUUCUCCCUUUCCUGGGGUGGGACUUGCCAUGGUCCUCCUCCAUCUUGCUGGCCCGGUGCUAAUCCUUCCUCUAUUUCCCACACUCCCAAGUCUUGUGUCACUGUUCCUCUCCAUGCUCUCCUUGGUCUUACAACUGGUCUCCUCCCAGGCACCUCCACUGCCCUCAGCACUCCGCCCUCUGUCUCUCUCCUCACAUGUCCCAACCAUUGCAGCCUUCUCUGUCUCUCUCUCCUCUGUGUCUCCUUCACACCACAUCUCUCAGCCACUUCCUCAUUCUUUCCACUCAGUGUAUAUAUGUGUGUGUGUAAGUUUGUAUAGUACAUUUCUGCCUUCCACAACGAUUUUGAAUAUCCAGAGAGAGAGAGAGAGAGAGAGAGAGAGAGAGAGAGAGAGAGAGAGAGAGAGAGAGAGAGAGAGAGAGAGAGAGAGAGAGAGCGCUUUCCGCUCGGCCCACGUGGUCACUUCAAGAAACUAUCACAACAGUGAGGCCUUGUGUUACUUAACUAACAGACGGUCACUGCUCUUCCUCUACGCCUAUAAACAGUGGUGUUCCGCAGGGCUCUGGGGUAUCUCCCACUCUUUAUGUUGUUCAUUACUGAUUGAUUGAUAGUUUAUUGUUGCAAUUAUACAACAAAGGUGAAGAGAGGAACCUGUCAUCCCAAGCCCAGGCAAUGCACAUUAAUAAUCUUUAAUUCCAAAACAAACUGUACAAUCCACUCUUGCCGAUAACUCUCCUGUGCAUUGCACAGCAUCUCAACAGAAGACCCACCCAACGGGAAGCAUGACUCAAGGCUGGACGCUGCAGAACAUUAACCUUUGACCUUGCUAUCAUUUCUGAAUGGGACAGAGGUAACUUGGUGUCCUUCAUUGCCUCAAAAACUCAAUUUAUCCACCCGUCAGCUCAACACAAUCAUCCAAACACCUAUCCCCUAUUCGUGGACAACACUCAGAUUUACCAUGAUUUACUACCAAGCAAAUGAGUGACUGCAUCAACUGUAGCCGAUGUAAUGACCCUCAUUUUGUCUCCCCAGAAUGCCCCUCAGCCAACCACUGUUGAGUCCACACCACUACCCAGCCUUAGACUCAGGUGACGAAAGUCGAGAAGAUUACCAGAAAGGUGUGGAAAUAGUUAACUAUAUGAAAGAAACCUCGAGGGCAGCAGCUGAUAGGGGAUUUGCAGGAGUAGAAAUGGACAACAACUUCAGAGUGGCAACUUAUCUGGUAUAGAGGUCAUUUUGAUCUUCUUUACACAUUGCAAAGCAGGUGCAAGGAACAGUGCUCGCCUCUGUGGUGCAAGCAGUGGCGUAACACCCAUAGCACAGGGGUGGACAAAGCCCACGGGCCUCGGAGGUCCAUGCAGGGGCCUCGGAGGUCCUGGGAUGAGAGAGAGAGAGAGAGAGAG